ACCCCUUAAAUAGCCCCUACCCAAAUGUGGGCGCCAAGCCAAGUAGACGAAAAAUUUGCCCUUUUUAAAAAACCCACAACUGUGUGCCUGUUCAGACGAAAUGGCAUGUUGCUCUUGUGCAGUAAAACAGGCAAAGUGGUGAAAGGCACACAUGGGGGUGGGGGGAACUUCAAGUACCUCCAAAAAGAAUAAUCCAUUUGAGCAUACAAGUACAUAUGUUCAUAUUUAGCAGAAUGCGUACACUGAUCGUAUAGUCAAAGCGUAAAGGGGGGUGGCCGCGUGACGGUGUGCUGCUGCGAUGGGGAGGUCAUCUGGAAGGCGAGAAAGCGUACCGCACUCGGCAAGCCAUGGGGAACACGUGUAAAUUUGAAAAAAAUGAAGGGGGUAAACACUUCGCUUUAUAUCCGCCCAUUUCGCACUUGUGCAUGUAGCUCCUUUGACAUGUGAGCGUGGACCCAUCUUAACAUUAGCGCUGAAAAAAAUUAAACAUAUGGGGAAGCGUAAGUGUGAGCAUAAGUGCAAUCGUACGUGGAAAUACAAACGUGAACGCAUAGGUAACACCCGCACAAGCGCCCCUGCUAAGUACUCCCACACUGCACGGGCACCAGCGCAAUACAUCCCCGUGCCGAGGAGCAACUUCCGACGCAGAAACGUGUGAACAAAAUUGCAAGCAAACAGUCAGCUGUAAAUUGGCAAACUUGCAAGGAGGCAGGAAUUAUCGUCGCGUUUUUUUUUUUUUUUUUUUUUCUCUCUCCAUUUGUGCGCCCAUUCAUGGCACUUGUUUUUCCACUGCAAGAGCUGUGAACCUGUGCAGAACAUGACGCGAAGGAGCGGCAAUUUCUUGGAAGCAAGCAGUUACGUGAGCAGAAGUGUGGCUUCGCAGAGAGUGCCUUUCGCAAAUUGUCCCUUCGCAUGUGCAUGUAUAAUCGCAUAGGUAUAUAUGCAUGUGCGUAGCCGUUCCACGCUGCCCCUAUAAGGUAUCCCCCCUGGCGCGAACCCAGCUGUAGCAAACGCAGAGCCGUGAAGGGGCGAGCCUGCCAUUUUGCCUCACCCAUCCUGCGAAAUACAAACAUGUCAUUCGACGAUUUGACGGACAACACGAGGUCCGUCCGGAACAUCCCGGGGGCUAAGUUCAUAGAACACGUCACAGAAUUUCUGCAAAACAAAAAUGAGGAAACGGUUCUUCGCUUGGCCAAGGAGCUCCUAUUGAAAUACAAAUUCAUGGAGCACACGUUUGUGACUAGACAGAUCAACACGGAGAAGAAAAUCCCCGAAUUAAAAGAUGCCCUGAAAGUCGUAAACGCCCUUUACAAAAGAAAGGAAAUGAACGACAGCCAAAACUUGGAGCUGUAUUUUCCCCUGGAGGAGUCCCUGUACGCCAGGGGAGUUGUCGACAAAACGGACCACAUUUUACUUUGGCUGGGGGCCAACGUGAUGGUUGAAUUCCCCUUUAAAGAGGCAGUGGAGCUGCUGAAUCACCACUUGGAUAGGGCAGUAAAUCUGUACGACGAAAUGGACAAAGAGCUUCAGUGGCUGCACGAACAAAUAUCAACCACAGAAAUUAACAUAUCGAGAAUUCACAAUUAUGUGGAGAUGAAAAAAAAAAACAAAGAAAAGGACGUUGUUGAAGCGCAGGGCUAA